CAAAUGCUCUUUAAAAAACUAAAAAAAUCAGAGACAAAAACUCUCUCUGGUUUAAUCAUGCAACUAUGUUAUUUUAACAAUUUUGUAAGCUCAAUUUCAUGAUUCAUUUCCUCUCUAAAACCCUCUCCAAACCCAAAAGAUAGUGACGCAUUUGAGGUCAGCCACCACCUCCAUUGAAGUGAAGCUUGAGAAAGACAAAAAGAGAGAUUGUAUAGUGUGGUGCAUCGUUUCAAAACACAACAACAAAAAGAACCGUACGAAACUUUUGUCUCUUUCCGUGUUGUUGUUGUUAGCUAAUGACAGAACUCAACUUCCACCUCCUCCCAAUAAUCUCCGAUCGCUUCACGACGACGACGACAACAUCACCGUCGUUCUCGUCACAUUCUUCUUCUUCUUCUUCUCUUCUCUCUUUCACCAAACGAAGACGAAAACACCAACCUUUAGUAUCAUCCAUACGCAUGGAACAGUCACGGUCACGGAAUCGGAAAGACAAAGUCGUCGUCAUUUUAGGAGCAACCGGCGCCGGAAAAUCAAGACUUUCCGUCGAUCUCGCUACUCGUUUCCCUUCAGAGAUCAUAAACUCCGAUAAAAUCCAAGUCUACGAAGGAUUAGAGAUCACAACGAAUCAGAUUACGUUACAAGACCGUCGCGGCGUUCCUCACCAUCUCCUCGGCGUCAUCAACCCCGAACACGGCGAACUAACCGCCGGAGAGUUUCGCUCCGCCGCUUCAAACGUCGUCAAAGAGAUAACUUCUCGUCAAAAGGUUCCGAUUAUCGCCGGUGGAUCUAACUCUUUCGUCCACGCACUCUUAGCUCAACGAUUCGACCCAAAGUUCGAUCCUUUUUCAUCCGGGUCGUGUUUAAUCAGCUCCGAUUUGCGUUACGAGUGUUGUUUCAUCUGGGUCGAUGUAUCGGAGACUGUUCUCUACGAGUAUCUUCUCAGAAGAGUCGACGAAAUGAUGGAUUCAGGUAUGUUCGAAGAGCUGUCUAGAUUCUACGACCCGGUUAAAUCCGGUUUAGAAACCCGGUUUGGGAUUAGGAAAGCUAUAGGUGUACCGGAGUUUGACGGUUACUUCAAAGAGUAUCCACCGGAGAAGAAGAUGAUAAAGUGGGACGCUUUAAGAAAAGCGGCGUACGAUAAGGCGGUUGAUGAUAUCAAAAGGAACACGUGGACGUUAGCGAAGAGACAAGUGAAGAAGAUUGAGAUGCUAAAAGACGCUGGUUGGGAAAUAGAAAGAGUUGAUGCAACGGCGUCGUUUAAAGCAGUGAUGAUGAAGAGUUCGUCGGAGAAGAAGUGGAGAGAGAAUUGGGAAGAGCAAGUGUUGGAGCCAAGCGUAAAGAUUGUGAAGCGGCAUUUGGUGCAAAAUUAGUUUUUUUUUUUGUUUUUUCCAGCUAUUUUACAGCUCAUUUUUGGGAACUAUUUUUGAAAUAAUAAUUGGAAAAAAGAGACAUUUUUUUGUUGUUGGGUUUUGUUUUUGAGUAACAUAGAAUACAUAUGAUCAGACAUUUUUGGUUCUUAAAAACCUAAAUCGAUGGGAAAUUUUUUCAAAAAUGUUAGAAAAAGUACUUUAGUUUAUUGUUUUUUCUUUAUUAGUUUCUUGUUUUUUAUGUAAUGUGUACCAUUUUUUCAAAAGUGUUUGAUUUAAAGUUUUUGAUCUUUAGGAAAAUUAGGAGCUUGUUGUUUGUUUGUUUGUUUGUUGUAGUCUGCAGAAAUGUUGUGUAUAGAGAAGAAAGCA